GAUGAAAAGCACGGGGAGGAGGAGGCAGCAUCAGCGACGAAGAGAGAGAGAGAGAGAGAGAGACGCAGCAGCAGCAGCAGCAGCAGCCAGCUAGGCUGCUUCCCCUUUCGUCCUGCUAACCCCAUCAGCAGUCGUGCUCCCUCUUCGGGCAUCCCCAAUAGCCGCAAUGUGCACUCCUCGCUGCCUCCCUACCCCCUGGCAGCAACCCUCUCGCAGUAAGCGAUGCCAGAGAGAGGAAAACCCGGGGAGAGGGAUCUCGUCUCGUCUCUACUUUCUUUCUCUCUCUGGGACGCCCCCGUUUCAACCCUCAAUCUUGCGACAAUCAGUCAGUAAUCGGGCGUCAACGAGCGCUUGCCCACGCGCCGAAUACAGGACUCUCUCCGAGAACCGGCUCAAUUUCCUACACCGCGAUAACGACGGAGUCAGAGACCGCGGGAGAGAAAGGGGGAAGAAGAGAAAGAGACUGCGCAAAGAGUGAUCACGUGCCCGAAAAGCUUUUCCGCACGAGCGAGAAUCCCUCGGUGUCUUAUAAACACGCAACUUUCGGUUACACACCACUCGAGAGAGCGCCCCAUACACGCACGUGGAUUCCACGUGUUUUAAAACUACGCAAACAGCCUUUUUUCGGUGACGUCUCUCAGUUUUAUUUCUCUUCACUCUCCCUCGGGCAGAGGAUAAUUAUUCGGGAGGAAUUACCCCUCUCUAUUUCCGAGUGUCGCUACACAAAGCAACGUGUACAAAUCUCUAACUCCGUUUAUAAAAGCGUUUAUAUGCAUUUUCAUUCGUAUGCUAGUGCCUCCAUUCACUCUUUAAAAACUGACUCGAUAUUGAGAUAUAUACUCUGUGAGAUAUUUUUUAAGCUGUGUACGAAGCGGUGGAUUGUCCAAAAUGGGUGUUAAUGGCUUCUCGAAAUUUCAUCACUUCCUGCAAGGAUUUAUCCUCAUACCUGAUGUCAAAGAGCCCGGACAACGCUCGAACGAUAAUAUAAAUUAAAAGAUUGCUGAAACUAUGAGAAUUUGUGAGAAAAAUAAUUUUUCCCUGGGAUCGAGCAUUCGUUGAAGGCAUAAAAUAUCGACGACUGCUCGAAGAGUAACGGACGAGUAGCGAUUGCCCGCGCAAUCCUAAAAAUUCAACGAUACCGAGAUGGUUUUGAUAAAAGAUAUUUGGACUAGUGUAAACAUGGAUGGAAUAGCACUGCGCGGAGCAAGAACGAGGAACAAUUCGUACGAAAGAAGAGGAAAGAUAGCCCUUGUCGUACUCGUGUUUAGAUAGGCUCCGCGUUUCGAAUAACAUGAACGAAUGUACGAGGGUGGAACGAAUUAGUGGCUGGUACUCGGGGGCGGCGUAGGGAAAUCUCACUUUUAAAUGGAUGAUAAAGAGUUUGGCGAUAGAGAAAAUGCGAAAAAAACGAUUUCGUGGGAGUCCGAGAAGGAGGAUAAUCGAGCAGUUCCGCAGGCGGCUGCCGAUGGGAUCGAAGGGAUCGCCGAAGAGUCGUCACGUGGCGACGAAUCGAUAAACUUAUCGAACGCUGCGGAGAGACUCGGCGAGAAGGAUUCGGAAAAGAAGCAGGGGCGUUUGGAAGGAGAUAAAAAGGACAGAGGGGCAAGGAAGAAGAAGAAGAAGAAGAGCCGAGGUGGGAGAAGGGGAAGAGGAAUAGCGAUAAGGACCGGCAGAGAGCAGAGAAGAGGGAGAAGAAGCCGCAGUCGGAGUAAAAGCAGCGAGGCUAGCAGUGACAGCGGCACCAGCAUCAAAAGCAGCGGUAGCACAGGCAGCAGCAGCAGCAGCAGCAGCAACAGCGGCGGCGAAGUAAACAGCGACGGUAGCGUCGUAAGUGGAACUUGGCACGAGCAUGUUUACGCCGCACCACCGAGAGUCCCGACCGCUCACAUGAUAAGCGACAUUUUGGGUUGGACGAAGCGCCGCACGGUCCCAAUAACGUCCGAGAUAAAUCGCGCAGCUGCAUUUUCACCGGUCGCAAAGAGCCAGCAAAUGAUCCUUGAUGUUGAGAGGCUCGGUGCUUCCUGCUCGCCGACGAGAUCAAGCUCAGCCCAAAGUACCAGCAUCGGCGGUUCUCCGUUUACAGCUACGAUCGAGCAGUCUUCUCAGCUGUCGGGCUCUUCGAGACUGCCGACGUGCCACUCGUCCCCGGACCACCUCAGGGCAGUUCGACCGGAAGAGCCUUGCCACGACUCCCGAUCGCCGGGACCACCUCCGCCGCUGGCACUCGUCGUUUCAUCGUACUCGAGCAAGCCUCCUCCCGCUUACGCCUCGAUACCGAGCCUCGACGAUUCUCCAGCGAAUGCUAAAACAAACCUCAACAAAUCGGACGAUCUUCCUCUCAACCUGACGGUCACGUCGAGGUCAAAAGGCGAGCCGUCGCGGCCCAUUCGUCCUCAACCUCUCAGAGGGCCGCGACACGGCAAGCUUACCGAAAGCCAGUUACAAGUCCGCGGCCAGGACAAGAUCCACCAACGUCCCGGCGCCGAGUCCCACGAAUCGGUUACGAUCGAGGAUCCACAAAGUCGCGACGCUCCCCGCGACAACGGAGAUUUCUUCAAAACCGAAGCCCUCCUCAAAGAGAGCGCCCCAUCAUCGACUGGUAAAAGUUCGAGCACGAAGGGUCGAAGGUUAAUGAACAAAAGUUGGAGCGAACGAGUGACGAGCGCUGGUGAAAAGUCGAAAAAAGAGGCACGCGUACGCCUCGACUCAUUGGCCGAAGACGCCAAUCUCUCCGAUCAGAAAAAGAAAAAAGCUCGAACCACUUUCACCGGCAGACAAAUAUUCGCCCUUGAAAAACAGUUUGAGAAAAAGAAAUAUCUCAGCUCGUCGGAGAGAGUCGACAUGGCGAAAAUGCUUAAUGUUACGGAGACUCAGGUGAAAAUAUGGUUUCAAAACCGUCGAACAAAGUGGAAAAAGCAGGACAACAUAAGCAACGCCGAGGCGGCCGAGUACAAAAAUGUGAAUAAUCCGAAAUUGAUAGUCGUUGGAAAAGGGAAAAGCAUCUCGGGCGACGAGAGCACCAAUUCCGACAGUCUUUCGCAACUGGGAUUCAACUGCGCAGGAGGAGAAUCGAAGAGUUCGAAAGACAUGGCAACGUCGGACCGAGCGCCGAAACAGCCGCUCGAUUACCACGCGAAGAUGCCAAAAAUGGCGUCCGACCCGGAGGGAUUGACCGCUGCGGCCCAUCGUCGGGUUAACCAGCAACGAGAGAGGUCCGAGCGGGAUCGAGAAAAAAUAAUCACUUCGAAAACCCCCGCCGAAACCGUCGAUAAACUCACAACCGAGACACUCACCGAUGCGAACGAUCCAGUCGCGUGCUCGUACGACGAUUCGAGCUCGAGAAAAUCAUUUUCUAAACUCGAAAUCGAUGCUUCGUCUCAAAACGACACCGCGUUUCACGAGAUCGACCGAGUCGAAAAAAACAAUUUGUGCAGCAUCGAAAAACUGGAGACUGACGUCGAUGACACAACUGCUGGUGAGAUAAGUGAACGGACUAAAACUGUUAAACUCGUCAAAUCACCGACGACCAAUGAAUCGCCGAUCAAGAACGACCAAGCGAUUUACAAUUUCGGCAAUAUUACCGCUCUUAAAAAUUCGUCGACCGACGUCGACGCUAUGGAUCGAACCUUUCGGGCUGAACAUUCCAGCUAAUAACCAGCAUUACGUUCCGAUUAUAUAUUUAUAUCUGAAUAAUAUUAUUAAAGUUAUAUUCCAAGAAA